GAAGAUUCUCACAGAACUAGGCCACUGAUUCCCAUACUGGUGAUGUCAUCUCCAAAUAAAACUUCCUUGAAAAGCAGAUCAUCAUCCUUAUCCAGAAAUAUUAACACGGUCACAGCUGCCAAAAUGGAGAAAAUAAGUUCUUCACAAAAACAAAAUGAGCAACUACAGGAACACCAACUGGAGCAGGAGUUCGAAUCUGACACAACUCACUCGUACCUGAAGGCAGAGCUGAAGCGCGCACAGGAGGAGCUGAAAAAGCUGGCAGGAAAAUUACGCAGGACACGAAACAAUCAUACAGCAUUGCAAAAAGUUAACCAGGAUCUUGAAAAUAAGCUGCACAGGAUGGCACAACUACAUGAAAAGGAAAAGAGGAAUCUCAACCAUGAAGUAAACAUUUUAAGCUGUCAUCUAAUGGAAGCCAAGAUGACCAUAGAAAAAUUAACAGGAGACAAUUUGCCAACAGGAAUUCAAGGAAGUCUUGGAGAAUGCACGGAGAAAUUUGGGCAUGGUCUUCCCGGAACUGUAUGUGAGUCACCCAUCUCUGAGAUCCAAACUCACAUGUUAGAAAACUCUGAAUCAAUCUGUUUGCCAGGGUCUCCCAAACCAGUCUCACCCUCAAGACAGGCUACACAUGGCCUUAUGAAGGAUACUGACAAACUUGAUCAACGUUCUCAAUUCAAGCCUAAUUUAUACUGCAGUGACACAGCUCUUUAUUGCCCUGCAGAACAAAGAAGAGGAAGAAGUAAAGUAAGAGAUAUGCAAGAUAGAAAUGUUGGAUUUUUUCGAUCACAGAGCUUUACAGAUAGCUUUGUGGAAGUAGAGGACUUUAGUACAAGCCCCUCAAGUGAGCUCCCUCCCAAUUAUUCCCCUCCAGUAUCAACUUUCUCCAACUACUUAAGCUGCAGCAGGACAAGCAAGAAGAAAGGAACUGCACAAACCACUAUGAACCCCAGUCAACACUUUCACUGUUUUGAUAUGAGAGAUAAUGUUUAUGAAAAAAAGUGCAGCCCUUCAGAGGAAUACAGAACCAACAAAUCCAGCCCAGUUCAUGCAGGGCCACUACAAUUCAAAGGUAUGACACAUGAUAGCACUCAGCACUCCUAUGCAACUCUCCCAACACACUUUAAUGAUUCACUAUCCUUAUCUAGGAUAAUGACUCAACAGGGCAGGGCCCCAAAACUGUACAGUGAUCAAAGGGAUAUACAUGAACCUGAAAAAAAUACAAUGGACCAAUGUAGGAAAAUCAACAAGCAUUAUUCGUGCAGGGCUCCUGGAAGGAUUUCAUCUAGUAGCUAUACUGAGCAGCAACCAGAUAACAGUCUGAUGAAAAGAACAACCCACCAAGGAAAACAGUGGUUUGCUACUUCCAGAGAAGAUAAUUUCCUUGAUGGAGAGGAUCCUGACCAAAAUAAUUUUGCAGAUUCAGAUUUCAGAGCGAUUUCAGGGGCUGAUUACAAUUAUAUUCAGAAACAAGAUACCUUUUCCAUGUCUAAGCAAAACGAUACUGAAAAAGACCCCAAACCUUUGUCCACUGGAAAGGAGACAAAUCAAAUGUGCAUGGAAAAUUCAAAUGAUGUUGCUAACGUUAGAAAAUAUAUUGAUGUUGCUCCAAUGACUUCAGCAGAUUCCUCACACCGACAUCCCAUUACAUUGUUUGUGGUCCAUAAUGUUCCCCUGGAUAAUGGUGUUUUGAAUGCUAAAGAGAAAUCCUCCAAGUUAAAUGGCCUUUACAGGAAGGACAGCCUUACAAAGGCCCAGCUUUACGGAAAUUUGCUCAACUGA